AUGCAGAGAAGUUUCACGGAGUUUGGCGGCAGCGGAGCGUUGCUUUCGCCGCGCCAGAGAAGUUUAUCCAGCAGCGCUGCAGACGCUGAUAACGCAGACGCGGCAGGCAAUGUCGCCCCAACCAGCCUCAGCGACACUUCGGAUUCCACGCCAACCACACCACCUACAUCACCAUCGUCACCUCCACGCUACGGCGAUGCUAUAGUCAACAACGAAGGUGUCAACGUAGGCUGGAUGCUGGACGGAGCUCGUAACGGUGGUUCAUCAGCAUCGCUUUUCUCUACUUACUCGAGGUCGCUGCCAUGUACACCGUGCGUGCAGCAAUCGUUUCCACAGUACUGGACCAUUAAAGAAGUAAAGUUCGGAGUGCCGCUGGAACAGGCGUGCAAGUACGAUGAUAUCCCCGCCCCCCUUCUGGUCCUUAUACUGAAGCUCAACAAGGAGGGCCCUAUGAAGAAGGAUGUAUUCAGGGCUCCGGGCAACCAGGCCUCGAUGAAGAAACUCCUACACUUUCUACAGCGCGGCAGACUCUUCAAUAUUGAACACUUCAGCGUGUACACCACAGCGUCCGUGCUGAAGAAGUUCUUGCGCAAGCUUCCAGAAGGAAUAUUUGGACGCACUGGUGAAGAAGAGCUCUUCAACAUGAUUCAGCUCACGGACACGGAGCAGCAAAGAGACUUGGUGCAUAAACUCAUCACGUCACGUCCUAUUGUGGCGCAGCAUUUGCUUGUGCUGUUCUUCGGCACAUUCAGGGUGAUCGCCAACAGCGCAGGCCGCAGCAACACGGGCAUGACGGCGGAGGCGCUGGGGGUGUCCGUGGCUCCCUCCUUCUUCAGGUCGUGCGUGGCGCGAGGCAAGACUGCCACCAUGGACGAUGUGCUCAGGUUCAAGGUGGCGACUCAGAUCAUGCAGUUCAUAGUAGACAAUUUCGGCGCGAGUAACUUGUUUGGCCGCGAGAACUACGAGUAUUAUGCCAGGAUCACAGGACGCGUGAUGCUCAGGGUCGAAGAAGACUGGAUCUUCGCCUACAGAUAUCCUAGGGACAGCCUCGUCGCACCCAUGGCAGGUCAGGAGGAGUCGCAGUCGACGCCUGCCCUGAUCCACAUGCCGGAGGGCAGCAGCUCCGCGUCGUCGUCGUCACCAGGCGGGGGGGCGACGGGGGGCGCCGCGUGUCUGGAGGGGGGCAGCGGCAGCGAUUACUGA